UUCGGCGCUAAGAAAUCGAAGGACGAAAUGCAACGGCGAAGGAAAAACCUCAAUCGCAACUCUCGCCCUCUUUCUCUCUCUCCACGAUCAUACCACCAACCACCACUCACCACUCACAUAUCGUCAAUUGAGCAAUCCCCAUAAACAGACGGACAUCAUGCUCGUGCAAUUAAGGGUUUCGACUGCUCGGUCGGCCGCUUCGGCUAUCACCCGCGUGGCGAGGGUAAACGCCGUUAGAGGAUUCAUCGCCCCUACCGUUUCGCGACGAGCCGACUUCGUCCAGGAGCUCUACCUCAAGGAACUCAAGGCCUACAAGCCACCGCCCGUCAAGGACUCUGACGCCGCCGGCCAGGUCCAGAACUUCACACUACCCAAGCCCCCCAAGUCGCCCGAGGAGGCCGACUUAGCCAGCAGCCUGAAGGAGUACGAGAACAUGGCUGUCGAGGUCGAAGGUAACGAGGGCGCUGCCAACUCGUCGACACCCGCCGUCGUCGAGGACUGGCUGGUCGAUGAGGAAGAAGACGAGGAGGGCGCUGCUGCUCACCAUUAGAUUCGUACCGAGAGACUUAAUUACCUACCUACGCGAGAGGAGAGGCUGAGCCGAGAGGAAAAAGUUAUACCGGGAGGAUGAGGAAGACAGAAGAGAGAAAGCGAGGCGUAUUACACAUACUCCAGUGUUAUGUUAAGUCGUCUAAGAGGUGGUAGAGAAGAGAGAUCCCUAACGUCGUCCAUGUACAUUUAUUCCUAGGAUCGCUGGUGCCAAAAUCACAAAUAGAUCCUUCGUCAUCGAAGAGCUUACACUUA